UCUACACACCCAUCCAAACCAGUUAAAAAACCUGAAUUUCACCAAACUUCUACCCACCUUCUAGAUUUUGGCUAAAUAUAAUAUUUCCGCAAUCUUUUUUUAGCAAUUCAACUUAUACAGUCUGGGAAAGAUAACAGAUAGUGAUGCUCUUCUGCAUCUUGAUAACAGUAACAUAAGAGAUUGAUCUGAUCAGCUCAGCUCAAGCAGCUUCUUGGUAUGGCCACAAACACCAAAUCCAGUGUUGUGAGGGUCAAACCCAGUGGCGGCGAUGGGUCAAUAUCGUCAUCUUCGAAGCCCAGGUUUGAUUCUUCCUCAUCUGUGACCAAGAAGAGAACUGUGGAGAUAUCCUCUCAUAAGCAAUCUGCUGAUGCCAAGGGCAAAACUAUCUCCAAAACUGAGGUAAAUGCAAAAGCAACCUCAAGUUCGACCAAGACUGUUAAGAAAACUGUUACUAGAACUCGGGAGAAGAAAGUUUAUUCCUUGCCAGGCCAGAAGUUUGAUGUUCCUGAAGAGCGAGAACCGUUGAGAUUAUUCUAUGAGUCGCUAUCAAAACAGAUUCCUUCAAGUGAAAUGGCAGAGUUUUGGUUGAUGGAACAUGGCCUGUUGUCACCCGAUAGAGCAAAGAAGGCGUUUGAGAAAAAACAGAGGAAGCAAAAGCAACUUAGGACGGGAACUCCAAUAAAGUCUCCAACACGGCCAGUAUCGAUUGGGAGUUCAAAACAACCACAACCGGUUUCCAAAAACGGUGAAAUAAAAGCAAAGAAACGUUUAAACAAAGAUAGUGAUGAUGAUGAUGAUUUUAUUUUGAGUCCAAAGCGGAGAAAAGGGUAAGAAGAAAUGCCCCCCUAAAACUGUAGUUCUAAAGAAAUUGUACCCCAUAGAUCUCCUUGAGUUUAGUCGCGAUGUACCAUUGAGCAAUAGAUUCUGAAGUGUUGUUGUGCAUCUAUAUUUCAUUACUGAACUACAUUGUGUAAUGUAACUUAGCAUAAAAGGAAAUUUCUUUUUCUUUAAAGGAUAUAGACAACUUUUAAAUGAUGAUUAUCUUUUGUUUUGUUUUAUUUUCA